CAGGGGUGUGUGAUGGAGCAUCGUCUCAGAUUUCGGAAUCCUUCACGAACUGGGUUGGCGAAGCCUGUUAGAGGCAAGUGCUGUUGCUUUCUCUCAACAUGUCUCCAAUAUAAGUCUUUAUAGCCAGGAUAAUAAAUUGAAAACACACCAACUUGUAUAUAGUGAAUUACAUGCAGGGAAAAAUACAUUUCAUAUCAUAUAGCAAUAUGCUGCUACUGUCUAAAAAUAAAUCGUCUGUUAAAAAUCUUCUUAAAUUUUGUCAAAAAAAAUAUCACAAUAAUUUUGUGAUGAAGUCUAUCAAGCAGUAAAUCUUCAAUUGAUAUAGCACUUUUCCUACAAACAUUCUGCAUUCCAGGGUCGGUUGACCAAGCACACACACACGCAAACAAACAAAGAAGUACACUGAUGAUCAUAAGACUCAGGAAUAUUAUUGAGGAAGAAAGACUGGGCACAGUGAAUUCCCAGAAUUUAGUCAUAAAAUACCGACAUAUUUUUGUCAUUUUGUAGGCUUGUGAUUGAAAGUUUUACCACUGCAAUAAAAUGUGGUAGAUUUGUAUCUUGGUGAUUUAUAUGGGAAUGAUAAUCUUUUGGUUACUUGUUCACACAGAUAUUGUGGAGGUUUUUUUUUUUCAGAUUUUUGUUUAUUCCAGAUGCCCUGCAAAUCUAUUGAGAGUUAAGGUAAGAAAGUCAGCUAAUACCCAAGCACGGGCAUAAACCCAACAAGUUAUUCCAACUCCUCCCCCAACACUGCCAGCUGCCUCACCGUGUCUACUCAAGACCACCCCUGAGCCCUGGCUGGGGGCCCCAAAACUUUAUGCUGGAAUUCCAAAACCUGUGGGCCAUUCCUGAUAAAUUUCCAACAGGAGACCAUCCGGUUUCAAAUCCUGCAAUCACCUUCCAUCCUUUUGAUCCAGGGGUCCUUAUUGAUCUUUAGUAUUACAACCCAAUAAAUCGACUUAACGACUGGUGCCAUAUUUGGUUGGAGCUCUUUCUGUCAGUUGGUCUUUCUCAGGCAAGCUGCUCCGCCUCGGCACUCACCUUAACCCAGUUCUUUUUUCGAUGUGUCAGGGGUCCCUCCUGAAUACCAAGAUUUCAAGGAGUUCUUGGCCACGCUGCUGCUGGCUCAGUUCACCCCUGAGAGAAUGGCCAUGGAGAACUUUGCGGGGAAGAAAUGUAAGAUUCUAAGGCUCCCCCAGUGCCUCCCCUGGUCUCAAAAUGACUAUCCAAGACCUACUAUCCACUUCCUCUCAUCUCCUCUUGUUAAUAAAGGCUAAACAACACAUUUCUGAAAUCAUUAGUAAGGACAUAUUUGUUCUGGUUAAUAUAGUUACUAAUCCUCAAAUCAAAAAGCGCCAGAACCUUUUUUAAAACUUGUUAACAUUAAUAUAAUAAUAGAUCAUUCAUGUAGUAUAUCUCAAUCUGAAAAGAACAUGAAGAAAGUCAACAUAUAAUACUCAAGGAUACAUACAUGCAUUUACACUUAUGCAUGCUGUACAUAUGCCGGCAACAUACAGUAUGGUAUGUCCAGCAACUACGUCAGCACUUGAUUGGCCAGCGGAAGAUGAGGAACAGAAAUCCUGAAAUGUAGAUGAUCUAAAGGCCAAUAUUAAAGCAUCUUGCGCUACAAUAGCACCUGAACUGUGCCUCCAUGCCUUGAUGCUGUCAUUAAUGCACAAGGAAUCCAACCAAAGUAUUGAGGGCAUAUUACUUCAACCCUUUCAGAGACAGCGGUUACUACAGUGGAUAGCUUUUCAUGUUAUCAGUUUACAGGGCCAAUGAAAGGGUUAAUACACUAUUCAGAGGGCCAACAUUUCUGUGUUUAAAUUAGUUAAAUUUUUGGCGCACGUGCUUGUAUAUGUGUGAAUUUUGCUGUUGUGACAACUUAAUCCACCACACGGGAUGAAUAAAGUAUAUCCAUCCAUCAACCCUUCCAUUGCGAUCCAUCUAUCUAUAUGUUUAUCUAUUAAUAAAAAAAAAAAACCUGAAAAUUGGAAUCAAAACAAUUGUAGAAGACAAAGAUUACGGUGUCGGUUCAAGGUAAGUGACACAUGAUUAAAAUGUAAUGAGGAGAAGUCUUCUCAGAUGAAGUCUGCCUUUGAGCAAUGCUUGGGCCUCAGGCUGCCUUUGGAUUAAAUGAGAGGUAGGUACUUGGGAACAAUGCAAUGUUCUUUUCUCACUCCGUCUAAUCCUUGUUGGUAUUGCAAGCAGUUUCAUAUGACUCCACAGAGAAAAGGAGACAAGCGUCGCUAAGAAGAAUUGUUUUACGACAGACCAGAGAAAUGUCAACUUGGUUUGGAAUUAACACCAUAACCUGUUGGGUUGAAAAAUGAGGCACUGUAAUCGAGAACAAAGCAAGCCUCCACCAACCUCUUGUGAGUGGAUGCUCCUGGUUGAACAGAAGAAUAUAAAUGUUCGGGUUACGAGCAUGGACGCCGAGCUGGAAUUUGCCAUCCUGCCCAGCACUACUGGCAAACAACUUUUUGAUCAGAUAGUGAAAACAAUCGGGCUGAGGGAAACCUGGUUCUUUGGUCUUCAGUACCAGGAUAGCAAAGGUUUCUCCACGUGGCUAAAGCUCAACAAAAGGGUGACCGCUCAAGAUGUGAAGAGGGACAACCCUCUGUUGAUAAAGUUCAGGGCAAAGUUUUACCCAGAGGAUGUUGCAGAAGAACUCAUCCAGGAGGCAACACAGCACCUCUUCUUUCUGCAGGUAAAAGAGAGCAUCCUAAAUGACGACAUUUACUGUCCACCGGAGACUGCAGUGCUUUUGGCCUCAUACACGGUUCAGGUCAAACAUGGAGACUUCAAGAAAGAUUAUCACGUACCAGGCUACCUAACAAGAGAGAAGCUGCUUCCCCAAAGGGUCUUAGAGCAGCACAAACUGAAUGAAAAUCAGUGGGAGGAAAGAAUUCAAGUGUGGCAUCAAGAGCACAAGGGAAUGCUAAGGGAGGACGCUUUAGUGGAGUACUUGAAGAUAGCUCAGGAUCUAGAAAUGUAUGGGGUCAACUACUUCAGCAUCAAGAACAAGAAAGGAACUGAGCUCUGGUUGGGAGUGGACGCUCUGGGCCUCAACAUAUAUGACAAAAAGGACAAGCUGACCCCAAAGAUUGGCUUCCCCUGGAGCGAAAUCAGAAAUAUUUCCUUCAAUGACAAGAAGUUUGUCAUCAAACCCAUUGACAAGAAAUCUCCGGACUUUGUUUUCUAUGUACCCCGUCUUCGCAUCAACAAACGCAUACUGGCACUGUGUAUGGGAAACCACGACUUGUACAUGCGCAGACGCAAACCCGACACCAUUGAGGUGCAGCAAAUGAAGGCCCAGGCGAGACAAGAGAAGAACAAGAGGCAGAUGGAGAGGGCUCUGCUUGAGAGCGAGAAAAAAAAGCGUGAAAAUGCUGAGAAAGAAACCGAGAAGAUUGCUCGUGAGACCAUGGAGCUCAUGGAGAGAUUGCGACAGAUUGAGCAGCAGACAAAGAGAGCUCAAGAUGAGUUGGAGGAACAGACUCGCAGGGCCCUUGAGUUAGAGAAGGAGAGGACGCUCGCACAGGAGGAAGCCGAGAGCCUGGACAACGACCACAGGGCUGCCAUGCAAGCUAAAGAAGCCCUGCUACAACUUCCCCAGUCAGAGAUGAAGAGUCAGGAAGAGCUGGCCACUGAGCUGGCAGAGCUUACCUCGAAAAUCUCCCUGCUGGAAGAUGCCAAGAAGAAAAAGGACGAGGAAGCACUGGGAUGGCAGAAAAGGGCAAUGAUGGCAGAAGCCGAUUUAGAGAAAACCAAAGAGGAGCUGAAGUCUAAAAUAAUGGGAAUCCAAAUCCAGGAUUCUGCCCACCCUCACAUGCAUGAUCACGACGAGACAGAUGAGAGCAGCGCGGAGGCGAGCGCUGAGUUAAUGUCUCCUGGCACCGUACGUGACCGUAGCGAGGAGGAAAGAGUCACAGAGGCACAGAAGAACCAGAGACUGCAGAAAAACUUGAAGUUCCUGAGUACUGAGCUUGCGCGAGCUGUAGACGAGAGCAAAAUGACCGCAAAUGACCUGAUCCAUGCUGAGAAUGUAAAGGCCGGCCGUGACAAAUACAAGACCCUACGUCAGAUUCGUCAGGGCAACACCAAACAGCGCAUUGAUGAAUUUGAGUCCAUGUGAGAAAUGUCCACUGAUGGACUGGAUUGGAUCAAAUACAGAAACAGAGACGUAGAGUAGUACUGAACUGAUAACAUGAUUGCAUCUCAGAACGAAUGAAUAGACAUCAUGAAACAACAAAUAAUAUACUGCGACUGCAUGUCCUUGAUUUCAAUUUUACAUCUGAGACUUAGUCUGUGAGAAAAUGACAUGAGUCACUGGAAACGUACACUCACCAUAAUAGACCUGCAAAAUCUAACAAGAGCCAAUACAAAAUAUUUAUCAAAUUUGUGCUACAUUUCAAAGGAUAAAAAUUCCUGGUUUGAUUGACACCAACGGGGGUAGUCCAACUACAAUGUAAGGCUUUCAAAUAUGUUCUUUUCCCCCCAUUUUUAGCCAGGGAGUGGAAAAUAAGAAGUGUAAAACUUUCAUGAUGAACUCAUUGUUCAAUUCAUUUUUAAUACACAGCUCUUGUGUUGGAUCUCAACGUGUGCAGGUAUGUG